AUGGAAGGAGAAAACCAAACAGCUCUGUUUGAGUUUAUCAUCUUGGGAUUCUCCAACUUAAAUGAAUUGCAAUUUUUACUUUUCACCAUCUUCCUUGUAACUUAUAUCUGUACCUUGAGUGGCAAUACCUUCAUAAUUUUGGUGACCAUGACUGAUCCACACCUACACACACCUAUGUAUUUUUUUCUGGAAAAUUUAGCUUUUCUUGACAUCUGCUACACCACCACCAAUGUUCCCCAGAUGAUGGUGCAUCUUCUAUCAGAGAAAAAAAGCAUUUCCUAUUUGGGUUGCAUGGCACAACUUUUUGCAUUUAUUUUUUUUGUUGGGUCAGAGUCCCUGCUCUUGGCAGCUAUGGCAUAUGACCGUUACAUUGCAAUCUGCAAGCCCUUAAGCUAUUCCGUUAUUAUGAACAAGGCCCUGUAUGGCCAGUUAGCAGCCUCAUGCUGGACUGGUGGUUUCCUCAACUCAGUGGUGCACACAAUACUGACAUUCCACUUGCCCUUCUGUGGCAACAACCAGAUCAAUUAUUUCUUCUGUGACAUCCCUCCUUUGCUGAUCUUGUCUUGUGGGGACACUUCUGUCAACGAGUUGGCAUUACUAUCCAUUGGAGUCUUCAUUGGUUGGACUCCUUUUUUGUGUAUCAUACUUUCCUAUCUUUAUAUCGUUUCUACCAUUUUAAGGAUCAGUUCUUCAGAAGGGAGGCAAAAGGCUUUUUCUACCUGUGCCUCCCACCUGAUCAUUGUCCUUCUUUAUUAUGGCAGCUCCAUCUUCACAUAUGUACGGCCCAUCUCAACAUAUUCAUUGGAGAAAGAUAGGCUGAUAUCAGUAUUGUAUAGUGUUGUUACCCCCAUGCUAAAUCCUAUAAUCUACUCUUUGAGGAAUAGAGAUAUUAAGGAGGCUGUGAAAGUUAUGGGGAGAAAGUGGCAGGCUUCAAGUUCCCUCUCUUUUGAUGUAUAA